UCACAAAGAGGUCAUUAAAUAUUAACUGCUACAUUUGGAAAAAUCUGUCAUCAACGACGGUACCAUAAACGAUGUCGAUAGAAACUGAAAAAGUACAAACUGGAAAAUCUAAAGUUGUUGAUCCGAGUGAGGACGAGUCCUGUUUAAUGUUCUACUUCCAAGCUUGAAUUGGACAUUUCCUGCUUAUCAGGAACAUGAUAGUUUUUUUUUGACAAUUUAUUUGUCAGACGUACUGCUGCUGUUGUAUUUAAUUAGAAAAUUCCUUUUACACCUUAUUAAACGUGGCUAUGUUUUUGCUUAAAGUUACGUGUGGCAACACUGCCGGGCCUGCACGUCUUGGGAGAUGCGGACGGGCAGAGCGCACCAAGACCGGGCUGCUGGGUCCAUGAAGGAGUUGCGCCUACCGCUGCGCCGCCAAGUUUAAGAGCGCCCCAAAUAUCAACGUGGCUGCUCGGAUCGACUGCUCUCCUGCCGACAAACAGAAAGAAAGAAGUGAGCGUUUGCUCUUGAAGCUUUGCCUCGUUUUUCUUUGACCUUAUAAAGUGCUCCACGUUAAGCCCCGGUGUCGUCCAGAGGUUCGAACGGGCCUAACCGCUAAACAAACUUUUUAAGACGGCGUUUCUGGGAACACGUGAAAGCAAACGUGUUAACCUUGCAGCUUGUGAAGACCAACACUUCCAGUUUACCCAUUUCGCUACUGCAGGUGUUGCAUAUCACAGACGUCACCUGCACCAAUCACCUUUUCCAGAUGACCCACAACGAGAGACCUUGCACCUGUCCACUACUGCACUGUGAUGAUUCCCCAUAUAAUCGACUUCUAAAGCAUCUUCUGUCUGCCCGAAAAACCUUGGACCUCUGUGUUUUUGCUUUUUCCAACCAGGACUUUGCUCGAGUUGUACUUGAACUUCAUCGCCGAAAUGUCUUGGUUCGUAUUUUCACAGAUAAGGACUACAUGAAGAUCACAGGCUCACAGAUAGGCAAUCUUCGCAAAUCAGGUAUUGCUGUUCGCCACGAGCAGAGUGCUUGUUUCAUGCACCACAAGUUUGCAGUGGUAGACAAGAAGCUUUUGAUCACCGGGUCGCUGAACUGGACGUGCAAGGCCAUACAAUGCAACAAAGAAAAUAUUCUCAUUACUGAGGACGCGGAGAUUGUCCAGCCUUUCAUAGCCGAGUUUGAAAAACUAUGGAAUGAAAGUGAUCCUAUGAAGUUUUUCUCUUGUUGAUCUAACAUCAAUAGAUUGUAGCCAGAUGUAGAUGUCAAAUGGAAGCGUGUUAGCGACUAAAGAUAAAAUCAAAUAUUCGUUAAAGCUUUGAUCAAAUGUUAAACAUUAAAUUUCAUACUGUUGUUUCUUCAGGUUAAUAUUCUGUAAUGCCCCGUUGUUUAGCUUGCCCGAGUAAAGCUCUCUAUCAGUUGUGCUGCUUACUAAAGGACAACAUAUGACAGUAAUGUAAUAAUAUCUUUAUGCUGCAAAUCACCCACCUGAGUUUAUAGGUUCAGUAUAGUUGUGUGUACUGAGUAAGAAAUUGGUUUAAUCCAGCUUGUUCAUGGUAAACUUGGGAAAUAGAUAAAUAUAAUAUGCAGAAAGUCUGUUUAUUAGCUAAUUGAAAAUGUGCUUCUACUUUCAAAUUCUAAAUAAUCUGUGUAUCAUAUGGACUACUCUAAGGGACGACAGGCAUGGGCUGGUGUCCCGAUCAGGAUGAGAGGCCAAUGUAAUGAAGGAACAGGGAGACAUUGUAUUCACAGCAGAGACGUCCUGAUACACUAGAUGGCAGCACACCCAGCCCAGGAUACCCACAGGGCAUAAUGGGAGUUGUAGUCCCAUGGGACAGACCAGUUGGGUUCUGAGGGAGCUGUUGGGAUUGCUAAUCUGUGCUUUGCAAGAUUUCUGAAUGACCCAGAAGUACUUCCAUUGGGUUAUGGCACUUGAAGUACAUUCCGGGUUCAAGAUAAAAGGAGCCGCUCUGCCACAUUCAGGCGAGGCGACAAUCAAGUGGGGGUGGUGGGUGGGUAUUGUAGUGUAUUAUGAGAAACGCUUCAUUGUGUAAGAGUUUCGCACAAUAAAACCCUUUGUUC